AUGGCAAAACUGACUGAUGAUGCUGACUACGAUGCCGGCGAAACGUUUGAGAAUGUACCAAGUUCACUGUCUGAUGCUGGGAAUCAUGACAACUACUAUGGCAGACGACUUCGUACUAGGUGCGUUCUACUAAGUCACCCUGACAACAAGACCAAGUUGCGACGACGAGGUAUGUGUUUAGGGAUGAGACCAUUUCUUACUUCGACUUUACACACUCGUCGUCUUUCUCCCGUUGUUGGUUGGAGUCACUUCGGGUACUUCAUCUCACGUCUCCACUCCUCCACUCGUGAAAUGUCUGGCUUUCUGCCUUUAAACCACUCUCUCGCCUCCUAUCUCUCCCUCUCUCUCGCGCGAUCGCCCACGCCCAACAUGGUAGAGCCAUGCUUAAUUCAGCCCGGACACUGA